CAGCUGCCCCCAGCAGUCACUACCUGAGUCCUCAGAGAGGAGCGGGGGGAGAUGGCUGUGGUCUCAGCGACCGAGGGGAGCGGAGAGCGCCGGCCGCCGCAGCCCCAUGCCGCAGCCAGGGCUCCCUUCCCCGGCCCCCACCUGUGGAUGUGAUGGCGGCUCCUGCUCUGACCUGGCGCCUGUCCCUCCUCGCCUUCCUCCUGGCCCUGGCCAUCCCUCUGGCGUCCACAGCGGCGAACGACACGUCUGCGCUCACCUGCUUCUACAACUCGAGGGCCAACAUCUCCUGCGUGUGGAGCCGGGACGGGGGCCCGCAGGCCUCCUCCUGCCACGUCCACGCCCGGCCCGACAAUCGACCCUGGAACGAAUCCUGUGAGCUGCUCCCCACGGGCCCGGCAUCCUGGUCCUGCAACCUGAUCCUGGGACCCCGAAAUGCCCAGAAACUGACCGCCGCAGACACCGUGAACAUAAGCGUGAGGUGCCUGGAGGGGGAGAGGUGGACGAGUGUGCUGACCCAGAACUUCAAGCCCUUUGACAACCUCCGCCUGAUGGCCCCGGACUCCCUCCAAGUUGUCCAGGAGGGGAGCAGCACAUGCAACAUAACCUGGGACGCCCCCCAGGCCUCCCACUACAUCACCAGCUACCUGGAGUUUGAGGUCCGAACGAGGUCCCUGGACCACAGUUGGGAGGAGGCCUCCGUGCUGAGCCUCAAGCAGAACCAGCGGUGGAUCUUCCUGGAGACGCUCGCCCCCGACACCCCGUACGAGCUCCAGGUGCGGGUCCGGGCCCAGCGGGGCAGCCUCCAGACCUGGAGCCCCUGGAGCCGGCCCCUGGCCUUCCGGACGAGGCCCGAAGAGCAGCCGCUGGCCGGGAGGAGGCCUGACGCCCCUUCACUCGGCAACAUCCUCGUGGGCAUCUGCGGUGCCUUGGGCUUCAUCUUCGUAGUCUACCUGCUGGUCAACUGCCAGUACCUCGGGCCGUGGCUCAAGAAGGCUCUGAAGUGUCACAUCCCAGACCCCUCGGAGUUCUUUUCGCAGCUGAGCUCGGAGCACGGAGGUGAUUUCCAGAAGUGGCUCUCCUCGCCCUUCCCCUCGUCGUCCUUCAGCCCCAGCGGCCCGGCCCCCGAGAUCUCUCCGCUGGAGGUGCUGGACCGGGACGCCAAGGCCGCCCAGCUGCUCCUGCUGCGGCCGGACAAGGGGCCCUCGCCCUCUCCGGAGACCAGCGGCCACUCCCUGACCAGCUGCUUCACCAACCAAGGCUACUUCUUCUUCCACCUCCCGGACGCGCUGGAGAUCGAGGCCUGCCAGGUGUACUUCACCUACGACCCCUACGCCGAGGAGCUGGAGGAGGACGGGCCCGGAGCACCCGAGGGGCCCCUCCUCCCGCCCCUGCCACUUCCCCCUGGGGAGGAUGACGCCUACUGCACCUUCCCGCCCCGGGAGGACCUGCUGCUCUUCUCCCCCAGUCUCCUCGGUGGCCCGAGCCCCCCAAACACUGCCCCGGGGGGCACCGGGGCCUGUGAAGAGAGGGAGGGGACCGCUCUGCAGGAGGGAGUCCCCAGAGACUGGGCCCCCCAGCGCCUGGGGCCCCCCACCCCGGGAGCCACCGGCCUGGCGAGAUGCCAGUCACCCCAGGAGAUUGCAACAGGAGAAGCGGGAGAGGAGGGCCCUGGCCCUGGCCCUGGCCCUGGGGAGGGGGCCGGCUUCCCCUGUGCCAGCCCUCCUGGGCAGUGCCAGGUCAGGGCCCCCACCUCCUGUCUGCCCCUGAACACGGAUGCCUACCUGUCCCUCCAAGAGCUCCAGGAUCAGGAGCCUGUGUACUUGAUGUAGACGGACGCCCGGGUGCUGGGCCGUGGCUCUCCGCUGUUGGACCAGUGCCUGUAUGUAUAGGUCCUGCUAAAGCUGAUGUGGCACUUGACACAAGCCCACCGAUUGAGUGACUGGCAACCUAUGAUGUGCUUCAGAGGAGAAGCUCUGUCCAAUCACAGAGGCCGGGCCUGCGCUGGCCAAUCAGAUUUCUCUCAGUCUUGGGCAUUUGAACUCAGGGAGCGAAGGAGGAGGCUCCUGGAACAGGCUGCAGGGAGAAAGCACUCAAAGAGACUCUGCCUUCGAGGCCGGCCCGCCGCUGAGCUCCGCGGUGUCCAGCUGCCCCUCGGGCAUCUUUGCUCAGAGGGCCCCACCAGGCCCCGCGCACUCAGCCGUUCGGCUCCGAGCCUCAGCGGCUGCUCCCUACUCACUGUCCAAGCCGGGGACUGCAGGGGACACUUUGACUCCCCCAUCCGUCACCGGGACCCUGGACUUGAUCUCUGAAGCAUCGAUUUACCUUCCAGCCUGCAGCCGCCCCUCGAGGCGCGUGCUCAUGUCUCCCGGGGUCUGCAGGGCCUCCUUUCGGCCUCACCCCCUCUCGCCCAUCCUCCUGGGGCAGCUGGAGCACUCCUUCCAACACACAGACCCGGCCUUGCGGUCCCUGUUGCCCUCUGUCCUCCUCCCACUUCCUGGCCUGGCCCUGGCCCCUCCAGCACCACAUUGGCCGUUCCCUUCUAGAACCCUCUCAACGGUCCUCCUGAGCCGUGGAGCUCCCUCAGGCCCCCACACCUCUGCCCAUGCCCUUCUCUGAGCCCUCUCCUUUCUCAUCGAGGUGACUAGCUCCCCUUACCCUUCCAGCGUGGGUCAGCUUCUCCUGGAGGAAAACACCGCCUCCAUUAACCAGCCUGGACCUUGAGAUUCAGUGCUGGAGUUCUUGGGGCCGCAGGGCGGCUGAUGAAGAGGCCCCGUCAUUUCCCUUUGGGAUCUCAAUUUACCUCAAAAAGCUUGGCUACUGCGUCUUUAAGGCUGUGGCCCAAGUAUGGACACAAAUCCCCCAGCGACGUGGACACCGGCUGGGUCCUCCCACAGAGCUCUAAGGCAUGCUGCUGGAAAGAGACCCUUCCUGAGCCACACAAGGUUGAGGGUUCGAUCCUCCUCCGCCCUCCACUGCAGGGGUCUCUUCGGCAGCCCAGGGGCUGGCACACCUCCAAGGGCAGCUCCGUUCACUGCACUUGACCCAGUGCCCUUGGCACCUCAUAGUGUUCCCCAGAUGAAUUAACGAACUGUCGGGCACCACCUGGCCUGGGCUUCCCGCACCCAGCUGCCUUCUCGCACGGGGUGCCACCCACCUCCCAGCAGCACCCUGGGCACCUUGACCCUUCUGAGGCCAGGACUCAGAGAGAGGAAGCCCCCUGCCCGCUGGUUCCAGCAUGCCCACUCCAGGAUGCUCAUCCCCUCACAAGGCAGUCCUCCCCCUCCCACCUCCUCCUCAGGGCUCCCCAUCACCCUUCCCCUUCUUAUCCCUCUGUCCUCAGCACCAGCCACACCUGUGAUGUCUUUCACAAUCUCCUUCCUUGACUUGGAGACUUGCAAAGGCCUGGACUUUUUGAUUUUUAUAUUUUUAUUCUGUUUGUUUUUUGUUGUUAUAUAUUUUUAUUGAUUUU